GCAUGAUAACAGGUUCCAACGUAAAUGGGUAAUGUGCCCAACAUGUCGGCAGCAUACUGAUUUUGGGAAUAUUGCUUAUGCCGAUGAUAAACGGGACAAAUCUUGUAGUUCUGCUAUGCUGGAUGCAAUUCAAGGCUGUGAAAAAACUGAAGCGUCUUUGGCUGUUCAAGGUUCAUAUGGAACAAAGGUUGAAGCAAUCACUAGAAGAAUCUUGUGGAUAAAGUCUUCAGAUCCUAAAGCAAAGGUUCUCGUAUUCUCAAGUUGGAAUGAUGUCCUUGAUGUGUUAGAGCAUGCUUUCAAUGCUAAUGAAGUCACCUAUAUCCGGAUGAAAGGAGGAAGGAAAUCACAUGUUGCCAUCAGUGAAUUCAGAGCGCAGAAUGGCAGUCCCAAAAGAACUGAUAGACAACAACAAGAAACAAAAUCUGUUCAAGUGUUGCUGCUCUUGAUCCAGCAUGGAGCCAAUGGACUCAAUCUUUUAGAAGCACAGCAUGUUGUUCUUGUGGAGCCACUGCUCAAUCCAGCAGCUGAGGCUCAAGCAGUCAGCCGGGUGCACCGAAUUGGGCAGGAAAAGAGGACAUUAGUCCAUCGAUUUAUAGUUAAAGACACUGUGGAAGAGAGCAUAUAUGAACUGAACAGAUGUAGAAGCACCAGUUCAUUCAUAAGUGGGAACACGAAGAAUCAGGAUCAGACUUUGUUAACCCUUAAGGAUGUUGAGUCCCUAUUCGCAACAGUGCCGUCCACUGUACCAGAAAGUGAUGGAAAGCCAACUGAAAACCUAAGACAUCUGCCCCCGUCCGUGGCUGCUGCUCUAGCAGCUGAGAGGAGACUAAAGGAAAAUACAGCAGGAAUUUCCGUGUGAUAAUCAUUCUUUUCUUUGAACACCAAACCUCGGAAUGGAAUUGCAGCGAAGCAAUCUUCUGGCUGAAAUUUCCGUGUGAUAAUCAUUUUUUAGCCCCUCUGUCAGUUAAAGAGAGUAAUUUAACGAGGAAUUCGUUGUAGAUUAGCUCAUUUAGCCAUUAUGUAUACUCGCUGCGUAGGUUAAACAAAGCUAAGAAAAGCUAGGUCCUCUUCUCCUUAGUCCCCAAUGGCAGAUAUUAGACACUCCAUUCAAUCUU